AUUAUCAUUAUGUACGUAUACUAUUCUAAAUGUAACAAUGUUAUCAUUUUUAAAUGUUUCCAUUGAUUCCAUUUGUAUUUAAUUUAAUUAACAACAUUAUGAAACAUUUGAGUAAAUAUUACUAUUACUAGAGUAAAUAUUACUAAAUAUUACUUACUGUGUUUACAGUUUUUAAUAUUAGAAAGAGUACUUGGUUGAAGGAGCACAAUAAUAAAUGAAUAAUAAAAAGCCAACAUGAUAAUCUUUGCCAAUGCAGAAUGUUUUCAUCCGAUGCCAUGACAGGGUGUACCUAAUGAAGUGUCCUGUAAGUACUACUACGAAAAACAUGAUAUUAUUAUGUACUAUCCCAUGACUGAGGGUGACUAAUAUAUUUUGCCCUUCAAGGUCCCCCGCCUGGCCCAGCCGUGCCCCCUCCCCGCCCCCCAGCAUCCAUCCUCAGCAUGACGUCCCUCGCUGAUGUUGUAAACAAACACCGUCUUCUAUUGUCAUCCAUUCCCAUUGUCAGAGAGUGGAGAUGACCUUUUUCUCUCCACUCGCUCUGCUUCUCUUUCUUCUGCCCCCCCCCUUCCCUCUGGCCCCCCCAUCUCCUUUUCAUCAUCGAUCCCAAGCUGUCGCCCCGCCACUCCCUCUCUUGUCUGCCCUCCCGCCCCCCUCCCUGGCCUGCUCUCUGCCUCUCCCCACCUGUUGAACAAUUGUCUCGCUAUUAUCUUAUGUCACUCCGUAUUGGCCCCGCCUCUUUAUCCCCCUGUCGCCGCCACGCCUUCUUCUCCGCCUCCCUGGUAUAAAAGUGGGAGAAGGAUCGAGGAAAAGCAAAGUGGCGAGCUCCUCUUUGGACUUUUUAGCCGGCAUGCAAAUGGAGAGAGGUGCCCCCAUGUCUCUGUGGUGUGAGGAGGUGGAGGACGAGCGUCAGACGGAGGCGCCCGUCCCGACUCCGCUGCGGGCCGCCUGGGACCCGUCGGUGUCGGGGCAUCGUGUCAUCCAGCGGCUGCUUCACGUGGAGGAACGCUACACGCCCUCGCCGCUCUACAUCAGCCUCAUCCAGCGGGACCCGCAACGCAGGGAGGAGCUGUCCAAGUGGACGCUGGAGGUGUGCUGCGGUUGCGGCUGCAAUGAGGCCGUCUUCCCCCUGUCUGUCUCGCUGAUGGACCGCUUCCUGUCGGCCACCCUGACCCUGCCCGUGUCGCCGUACUGCCUGGCCGCCGCCUGCAUCCUCAUCGCCUCCAAGCUGACAGAGUGCGACAACAUCACCUCGGAGGCGCUCUGCGCUGCAGCGGAGGACCACUUCCUGCCCUCCAACCUCAGGGAAAUGGAACGCGUCGUGCUCGCCACCCUACGCUGGGACACAGCCGCCGUCACCCCGCAGGACUUCCUCCCGCACUUCCUGGCUUUGGUGCAGGAGCGAAGCGAAGGUGGCGACUCCGAGCAGGAGAGGACCACCCUGCGGCGGCACAGCGACACGUUGGCGGCCAUGUGCGUCUGCGACCCCCGCUUCCUGGGGGCGCCGCCCUCGCUGGUGGCCGCGGCGUCGCUCAACUGCGCCCUACGGGGUCUGAGCGGCAGGGGGCGCCCUCAGCGGUCCCUGAUGAGUUUGAGGCUGGCGGAGCUGUGCCAGGCCGACCUGGUGGUGCUGCAGUACUACAGCCAGAUGAUCGAGUGCGCGCUCCAGCAGCGGCUGAGCAGCGGCCUGACGGGGGCUCCCGCUGAGAAGGGUGACGAGAUGGAGGACGAAAGAGCCAGCACGCCCACCGACAUGAGAGAUAUUGAUUUCUGAACACAAACAUCUUUUCACGUGGUUGAAUUGCAAGUGCGGGUCAAUCAAAAGUCUUCAUCAGUCAAACUGAUAUAAAUUAUGACCUCAAAAUAACAUAUUUUUAUACUCUUAAACCAUUACACCAUUGUACUGUUAAUUUAUUUUUCUCAUUAUUUAUUUACCAAACUCUGUGUUCUUUCUUUGUGCCAUAUUUGAGCUAUUUUUAUUAAUUUUAUUCUAGACUUAUCUAUGUUGCUUCUUGCUUAUUUAUACAUUUUAUUUAUUAUGAUGUGCAAUUAUUUACUUUUAAUGUAUGUAUUUUAAUUUAUUCUUUUACCUGCCAUUCAUAUGAGUGUACUUAAUAAACUAAUUAAAUGAAGAAUUCUAUUUUUGGAAACAAAUAAACACAUUUGAGAACAAUUUCUGCCCAUGUUUUUGUUGCUGUGACUAACGCUGCCUUCACGUGCUCCUCCAAGGAAGACAAUCUCAGGAAAAUGCCAACGUUUCGCGUU